CGAACCACCCGGCACGCCAUCCGCUGAGCCGCCCCGAAGGGACUCGCCCAUUGCAACGCCGUCGCUGACGCCGACGCCGUCGCUCUCCACCUCCGGCCCCCGGCGUGGAGCGUAGGAGUACCGUCAGCACUCGGGACUGGUGUCGUUCGGUGGGAAAACUACUCAGAGUCUAAGCUAUUCAGAUAUUUCUAGGCAUGUUGGCUCAUGGUCUAGCAAUUGAUCCCUCAAGGACUUUGCGAUGCCCAGCUACUUCAAGGGUGUCAACUGCACCCUUGGGACUUGUCUCUUCGUUGAGUUUCAACAGGGGAUGCAAGGAAAAGAACAAAACCUUCAUCAAUGUGGAUAGAUACACAAAGUACAGUACUCCUUUCUGUUAUGCACAGAGAAAUGCCAGAAUCAUACCACUGGCAACUGCAUCGUUUGGGGACAUGGCUGAUUCUUCAACCCCCAUCUUUCCUAGAAUCCAUGUGAAGGAUCCAUAUCAGCGUCUUGGAAUCAGCAGGGAAGCAUCUGAAGAAGAGAUUCGAGCUGCCAGGAACUAUCUGAUAAGCAAGUAUGCAGGCCAUAAGCCGAGUGUUGAUGCAAUUGAGUCUGCCCAUGACAGGAUUAUUAUGCAGAGUUUCUUUGAUAGGAAAAAACCAAAAAUGGACCUCAAGAAAAAAUUUAGAGAAGUUAGUCAGUCACGUGCAGUCAAGGCUAUUCAAGGCAGAUUUCAAACACCACGUAGCAAAGUCAUUUGGCAGACAGCAAUUACUUUUAUCUUACUUGGAGCGCUUACCCUUGCUUUUCCUACUGAAGAAGGUCCAACUCUCCAGGUGGCCAUCUCUUGUGCAGCAAAUAUCUAUUUCAUUUAUCAGAGGGUCAGAAGUGGAUGGCGAGCGUUCUUUUAUGGGUUUGGAUCUUUCUUUGCUUCCUGGUUCCUUGGCACCUUCUUGAUGGUAUCUGUAAUCCCACCAAUACUGGCAGGUCCAAGAAACUUGGAAGUGAGCACGGCAUGUGUUACAUAUGCCCUCCUUUUCAUAUCUUCAACCUUCCUGAAGUAAGAGACCUUGAUACUCUCCAUGUUAGCCUAUAAUCCUGCGGCAGUCAUCAGCAUGGUAUCCUACUCCUGAUAACUCCACAACCAUCUGCUCCUUUCUUUGUUUCUUCCCAGAGUUGCAAAUGCUAGUUCUUUGGUGAGUUGAUAGUAGUUGUCAGGUUGUAAUUUGAGAUGUAGAACUGUUUUGCCCUGCCCCUUCCUUAAGCAGUGAGCCUAACACCUCCUGUAGGCAUUUUGGUCGAUGUGUUAAACACAGUUUGUUUUGGAUUAGAUCAUAUGAGAUAGUAUCCAUCCGAAUUGAAAUGCUGACGUAA